AUGCGUGUCACCACACAGCUAAGGGUUGGCAUCGUCGGUGGCGGAUGGAACGGCUGCCAUCUUGCCCUGGAGCUCAAGAAACAAGGCCACCGAGUUUCUUUGUUCGAACAGAAGCCUGAUAUCUUCCAAGGCGUCUCAGGAAACUUUGGUAUCCGCUUGCACAAGGGGCCACACUAUCCUCGGUCCAAAGCCACUCGCGACAGCUGCCGUGAAGCCUUGGCUAAGUUCUGCGAGACGUAUCCCGAACUAGUUGUCUACCAUGAAUCCGCGAUAUAUGCACACGGCCAAGCCGACGCUCUGGGAAACCCAUCGAAGGUCUCCGAUGAGGCAUUCAGGGACGUUUGUUACGAAUCUCCUGAAUGUACUACAGUUGACCCGGAGGCGAAUGGCUUCCAGGGCCUUAUUAGCGCAUACAAUCUGGACGAACCCAGUGUUGCCAUUGGCGACCGACUCCGGAAUGCAUUCAAAGAGAAGCUGGGUCGUGCAGGCAUCUACGUACACCUCAAUACGACAGUCGACCGUAUCAUCCACACCGAGGAAACCAACCGUAUUCAAACCGGAGAUGGGCAGUACAUCUUCGACGUGGUAAUCAACGCCACCGGCUACACCAGCCUUCUGCCACAGAACAUCGCGGAUGCUCUUCCCGUCGACAUUGGUAUCACCUAUCAAACCUGUAUUGCUCUGGUUUACGAGGACCAGCAGCCACAGGAAAAGCCUCUUUCUUUCAUCGUCAUGGAUGGCUGGUUUCCCUGCGUGAUGCCGGCGAUCGACACGAACGAACCUUUUCAGAAGAAGUAUAUCUUAACACACGGUAGCUACACCAUCCUCGGAUCAUUCGAUCAUCACGAGGAGGGCCAAGAGCUUCUGGAUAGUCUUGACGAGGAAGCCAUCGCUGCUCGGAUCAAGCCCCACUGCGAGCGGGAGAUUACCCGGUUCUGGCCCGGAUUUCUCGAUCGGUUCCACUACCGCGGCUGGAAGGGUAGUGUUCUGGCCAAGCUCAAGACCACAUCGGAAUUCCGAAGCAGUUUGACCUUCGAGAAAGACGGUGUCAUCCAUAUCUUCCCCGGCAAGGUGAGCAACGUUAUCACGGCUGCCGAGGAGGUGGUGCCUCUGAUCAAUGACAUUGCGCGCCGGCGGCACGGUGUGGUCCGGGAAUGGAAUGGCGUACGCUUCACUGUGAGCAGCGCCUUCCAUACCCACGGCAAGGAGAUUGGCGAUAAGCCAGGGUUGGGCGAGCACCACACUAGCAACCUGCAGACAUAUGUUUCACUGGUCACUGCAAACUAA